UCAUUUGUAUCUCACUCAACCAAAGCAACCUAGCUAAUCAAGAAUAGUAGUAAUCCCUCAAAGCAAACCAACAACGAUGACAUACGGAAACGACUACUACGAGGUUGAGAGAGUGGUGGUCCGUGACGGUCCAUACGGUGCUGAUUAUAGGAUUGAUGAAUAUGGCAACCGCGUUUACUACCGCCGAAAUGAUGGGUUGGGUAAUUCCGUAACUGAGAUUGUUACUGAUAUUAUUCCCGGCACCCAUGCCUCCCAUGACGCUUUCGGAAAUUCCGUAACUGAGAUUGUCACUGAUAUCAUCCCCGGCAGCCAUGCCCGCCCCAACGCACUGGGAAAUUCCGUAACUGGCCUUGUCGCUGGUAUCCUCCCUGGCCACCACAGGAGGUACUGAGGGUUGUUACCUGCAUGAUCCAGAGAACUGACAGCAACCAUGGUAUUAAUUAGUAUAAUAAAAAUGUCCUCUUAGCCUCUAAUUAAGAAUAGGCUAGUCGUUACGGGCCAUUCAAUACGAUGUGUCUUUGCUAUUUUGUACUUUGUUUAACUAUGUAUUUCGGUUUCUAAUGAAGUUAUAAUACAUGGUUUUUGCUUUAAAAAAAAAAAUAA